CACAACCACCCGCAUCUCUUCCCCCAACUCCUCCCCCGCCCUCCGGGAGUCCGGCAGCAGUGAGGGAGGGGGUACCAAACCCAUCCCUCGUCCUACAGCCCUCCUCCCUGCGUGCACAGUGAAUCGCACCUUCUAGAGUCCUAACUCAGUUCUGGAGGACCAGCAUCCCCCGGAUCUGCCCCUCGGGCUGUGGCGGCCCCUGGCCCCGGGAUGCGAGAGACAGGGACCCGCCCGCGGUGUGCCUUGAGGUGCGCGGAGCUCUCGCCGAGGCGCGCGCUGCCCUGAGUCUGAGGACGCGUGUGGAGGAAGGGAGUCGCAGGUUCGGGCAGGUGCAUAGACAGGCUAUGGUGACAGGAAGAUGUUGGCCAGGAAGAGCAUCAUCCCCGAGGAGUAUGUACUGGCACGCAUCGCCGCCGAGAACCUGCGCAAGCCGCGCAUCCGCGACCGCCUCCCCAAAGCCCGCUUCAUUGCCAAGAGCGGAGCCUGCAACCUGGCGCACAAGAACAUCCGUGAACAGGGUCGCUUCCUACAGGACAUCUUUACCACCUUGGUAGACCUGAAGUGGCGUCACACGCUGGUCAUCUUCACCAUGUCCUUCCUCUGCAGCUGGCUGCUCUUCGCUAUCAUGUGGUGGCUAGUGGCCUUCGCCCACGGGGACAUCUAUGCUUACAUGGAGAAAAGCACAAUGGAGAAGAGCGGCCUGGAGUCCACUGUCUGUGUGACCAAUGUCAGGUCAUUCACGUCUGCAUUCCUAUUCUCCAUUGAGGUUCAAGUGACCAUCGGAUUUGGCGGGAGAAUGAUGACCGAGGAAUGCCCUCUGGCCAUCACGGUUUUGAUUCUGCAGAACAUUGUGGGUCUGAUCAUCAACGCGGUCAUGUUGGGCUGCAUCUUCAUGAAAACGGCCCAGGCCCACAGAAGGGCGGAGACUCUGAUUUUCAGCCGCCAUGCUGUGAUCGCGGUCCGCAAUGGCAAGUUGUGCUUCAUGUUCCGGGUGGGUGAUUUGAGGAAGAGCAUGAUAAUUAGUGCCUCAGUGCGCAUCCAGGUAGUCAAGAAAACAACGACGCCCGAAGGGGAGGUGGUGCCGAUUCAUCAGCUGGACAUUCCAGUGGAUAAUCCCAUUGAGAGCAAUAACAUCUUCCUAGUAGCCCCUUUGAUCAUCUGCCAUGUGAUUGAUAAGCGUAGCCCCCUGUAUGAUAUCUCAGCAACCGACCUUGCCAAUCAAGACCUGGAGGUCAUAGUGAUUCUGGAGGGUGUGGUGGAAACCACUGGCAUCACCACGCAGGCUCGGACCUCCUACAUUGCCGAGGAGAUCCAGUGGGGACACCGCUUCGUGUCGAUUGUGACCGAGGAGGAAGGAGUGUACGCUGUGGACUAUUCUAAAUUUGGUAAUACUGUGAAGGUGGCUGCCCCAAGAUGCAGUGCCCGGGAGCUGGAUGAGAAGCCUUCCAUCCUGAUUCAGACCCUCCAAAAGAGUGAGCUAUCACACCAGAAUUCUCUGAGGAAGCGCAACUCCAUGAGAAGAAACAACUCUAUGAGGAGAAACAACUCCAUCCGGAGGAAUAACUCUUCCCUCAUGGUGCCUAAGGUGCAAUUCAUGACUCCAGAGGGAAACCAGUGCCCAUCGGAAUCAUGACGGCAGGAUGAUUCUGAGACUGUCACUCUGAGUUCUGAUGGCUCACAGCCCUGAGACAGUUACUCAUUGAGUUCUGAUGGCUGACAACCUGAGACAGUAGCAUUGAGUUCUGAUGGCUGACAACCUGAGACAGUAGCAUUGAGUUCUGAUGACUGACAACCUGAGACAGUACCAUUGAGUUCUGAUGACUGACAACCUGAGACAGUAGCAUUGAGUUCUGAUGACUGACAACCUGAGACAGUAGCAUUGAGUUCUGAUGACUGACAACCUGAGACAGUAGCAUUGAGUUCUGAUGACUGACAACCUGAGACAGUAGCAUUGAGUUCUGAUGACUGACAACCUGAGACAGUACCAUUGAGUUCUGAUGGCUGACAGUCCCAAAAAAGUUACUCAUUGAGUUCUGAUGACUGAAUAUUAGACUGAGCACCAAGAUAGGGUUGGAACGCAGUAUUCACAGUUUAAUGCACUGAAAAAUAUUUCAUAUUCAAGAAAUAGAACUUCCUGUAUUAAUAAACAAUAACACUCAAUGCAGAAGACUCACAGCUCACACCUGUUUCACACACAGAAUGUCACUGUGACAUGCUAAAGUUAUUGAAUAGAACACAGAAGGUAUUCAUGGCUCUCAUUUUGAAACACAAUUUAGGAUUGGACCUGGAAUUCCACACCUGGCCAAAAAUUGAGUUUGUCUGAAACAUGUAAUUGGUGAGCUCAUGGCUAUGCUGUUUCUACUGCUCAUUCUACACCUGCAGAUAGAAUGGGAAGGGGAAUGCUCCAAUCACCUUUUAUAUGUCAACCUUAUUCUUUUUUCAUGAUGCUGUAUGUGGUAGAAAGCAUAAAGAAAACCUCUUACAUCUGUCUGCUUCUAAGCAGUAUUUGAUCAAUCACUAAUCCUAUACAUUGACUUCUCUGUACAGUUUGUUGGGUAGAACUGGACAAGAGUCCGCAGAAAAGCUAAGUCCUUGCUCUUGUUCAAGUGUUUUCUCAACUUUCUCAAAAAAAAAACUGUAUUGAAUAUUUUAUUAAAACAUUUCCUUUAUACUCACUGUGUGGUUUUGUGAGUCCUCUUACACAAAAUUAUCUCACAUCCAAAACCCCAAGAAAGGCAUCUUUAGAGGCACGGAACCACACAGUGAUGAAACCAUCUUCUAAGAGUACAUUCUCAGAUCUGUGGC